AUGGCCAGUGGAAACUACACUGGAGUUACAGAGUUCAUUUUUGUGGGCCUAAAGUAUCACCCAAAGCUACAGGUCAUCCUUUUCCUUCUAAUUCUAUUGUUUUAUCUUAUUAACAUGACAGGCAAUCUAGGAAUGAUCAUUCUUAUACGGGUUGAUGUCCGCCUUCACACUCCCAUGUAUUUUUUCCUCAGCCACCUAUCUUUUGUGGACAUGAGCUUUUCAUCCACAGUGGCUCCCAAAAUGCUUAGAGACUUCUUUGAGGAGAGAAAAACCAUCUCUUUCCUGGGAUGUGUCUUACAACAAUGGUUCAUUGGGUUCUUUGUGGCCAUUGAAUGUUUCCUCUUGAUAUCCAUGGCCUAUGAUCGCUAUGUGGCAAUCUGUAAACCAUUGCUUUACUCCAUUGCAAUGUCCCAGAAACACUGCAACCAACUUGUAGCUAUCUCCUAUAUUGCUGGAUUCAUAGACGCCAUGAUUCACACUCCUGCUGCUUUCCGCCUCCCUUUUUGUGGUCCAAAUGUCAUCAAUCACUUCUUUUGUGACAUUUUCCCUCUCCUCUCCCUUAUAUGUGCUGAUACAAGAAUCAACAAGCUAUUAGUUUUUGUAAUUGCUGGGAUUGUUGGUACUUUUAGUGGUCUGAUCAUCCUGGUCUCCUAUAUCUACAUCCUCACAGCCAUCCUCAGGAUCCAAUCUGCAGAAGGCAGACAGAAAGCCUUCUCCACCUGCUCUUCUCAUCUCACUGCUGUUACCAUCUUAUAUGGUACCCUCUUUUUUGUCUAUGUGCGUCCUAACUCAAGUUUCUCCAUGGACACCAAUAAACUUGUCUCUGUGUUUUAUACCUCAGUGACCCCCAUGUUGAACCCCCUCAUCUAUAGCCUAAGGAACAAAGAGGUCAAAGAUGCCAUCCAUAGAACCAUUGCUAAAUUUUGUAUCAGAAUAUGA